AUAAAAGAUUUUUGUUUAUCAAACCAAAUAAUAAUAAUAAAAAAGAUCCUAAAGAUUUCUGUUUCCAUUUUCACUUUAAUCUUCGUUCUUCCUCUUCUUCCUUCCUCCAUUUGCAGAGCUUAAUCCAAUUUGUCCGCCGCUUCCUCUGUGUCCUUGUACUGGUUUCAGUCUUCGUCCUGCAAUCGGAAGAAUCUGUUAUAAUUAUGCGAACUCUUUAGUGAAGAGAAUGGAAACGGACUGGCUUGGUACGCUUUUGAAUACGAAAUUCUUCGUUUCUUGCGAUCUUCAUCCUAAUCUCAGGAAAAAUGAGAAAAAUAAAUUCUGCAUUGAUUGUAGUGUUAGCUUCUGCAAGAAUUGUACAGUACAUGAUCUUCAUCGGCAGGUUCAUAUCUGGAAAUAUGUCUAUCAUGAAGUUGUUCGCGUUCAGGACACGGAGAAAUACUUUCGCUGUUCAGAGAUUCAUACAUAUAAAGUCAAUGGUGAAAUAUCUGUUCAUCUAAACUCCCGUGGUCAAUCCGUCGAUGCCAAACCACCAAAAGCGAAGUCCGGUGGUUCUUGUGAAGACUGUGGUAGAUAUGUACAAUAUCCUAAUCGCUUCUGUUCAAUUGCUUGCAAGGUUUCUGUGAACUCAAAGCUUAAGGACCAGAGCAUAAGAACCAUCGUAUCUCUGAGCCCGGAUUUUGGUAACUUAUCGUUCAAGGAAAAAAAUAGCGCUGAAACAAAUGCAAGCGAAUUGGAAUCGACCAUAUCAAUUGCAGAGUCCAGGGAAGAGACCAAAGCUAGCCCUUCAUCUUCACAGCCAAGAAAACGCAGAAGGAAAGACACCCCUCACAGAUCUCCAUCCUUCUGAUAAGAUCCAACAUUUCCAUCUUCAUUUUAACUUCCUUGUGGCUCUCAAAUGGUAUGCUUCUUAAAUUUUAUUUACCAUGACUCUUUACAUAAAAUGCCUAGUAGUGAAAUCAUCAAUAUAAAAGUCUGAAUUUUAGAACACAAUGCAUUAUCACUACUCGCAUGAUUUCUAAAAUUUCUUUCUACAGCUUUGACUAGAAACAUUAGCUGUUAGAGAAAGCUGACAUGAACAGACAUUUUUGACCCAUUCUGAAGAAUUUUUAAUGUCCAUGUGAUUGCAUUUUCUGUCUGAAAUGGUUAAACAUAGCUAUUCUUCAUCACUACAAUUAGCAUGUGAGUAUGGGUCUUAUUAUUGAUGAGAAUGUUUGUAGAUGUGUUUACACGAAAGUUUGCUUUCCCACUUUUUCUUUUUCUUUUUCUUUUUCUUUUUCUCUCUUUUUGCUGUAUGGCCGCCAUGGAAUUAGAGCUUCCUUUUGUCUUUGUUGACUAACUUGGGACUCACUUCCUUUUAGUUCAUGUAUUAUUUAAAUGUUUUAUUAAAUUUAAUCUUUUUAGAUCCAAUAAAUAUUAAGUUUAGCCCAAUAUAAAUACCUUUCUAAAGUUUAGGGAGGAGAUGUUAGAGACUUUUUCAAUAAUUUUUAAGAUUAAAAAAGAAUAAAGUGGUACUAAACUUGAAGAUAGGUAGAAUAAAUUUCAAAAUAGUAAUAAAUUUUAGUUUUUGGGUUGGUGUGUCAAUAUUUGGUAGCUGUUAAAAGAGGGGCCCCUCUAUCCCUCCUCACCUUUAUUUGAAUGAUGAAAGCAGGCUUUUCAAUGUGAUUUUUUUUCCACGAGAAUAUGGCAGACAGAAUAUGGCCAAUCCCACAAGUGAAAUAGGAGAUAAAGCUUAAAGACAGACAUAGUCGGUACCAUGCAAUUGAUUUUAUUUAUUUUGUUAAUUUAAAAGGCGGCUUAAUUAUGGAAAUGUGGUUAACAAUUUUACAUCAGGACAUAUAAAUUUUUAAGUAAGCAUUAAUCAUUAUUAAAAGGAAGCAUGUGGUGGACA